CCUCCCAUAAGCUAGCACAAUAGAACACACAUGCCCGUACAUUUUUAGGUUGCUGUGUGGAACACUGAAGUGCAAGCUACCCAUGCAAGCUGCAGGUUAAGUUUUGAGAAUUUGUGAGUUGCACGCUCACGCUGCUAGUCAUGGCCAAGGCCCAGGUCGUCGCCCGGAUCACCGUCGAGGUGGCGCCGUCGAUCAUCAGGCGCCGCCGGCGCGGGCUCCCGUUGACGGUGCUGGACACGAUAGCCGAGGAGGAGAAGGAGACGGCCGCGGCCGUGGCCAUGGCUCCUCACCACCGCAACAAUGUGACCGCCGGCCGCUACGCCGGGGACACCACUGGCUCCUCGGUCCACGCCGGUGCCGAGAAGGGGAAGCGGUGCGUCGGCGGGAGCAACUACCCCUCGGAGCACAGGGAGGAGCGGCUCGCGACGGCCAAAGCGCGGUGCUCAAAGAUCGCCGCGUGAUUGAUUCCCGUGGUGUUUUCCUACGUUCUGGGUUCAGGCUUAGGAAUGGGCGAACUGCUUCUGUUACCGUGUGGAGUUCUAAUCAUCUAGCGUCGAGUUCUCUUUCUAUUUCCUGUAUGGUUCGAGGAAAAAAAAAGAACAUCUAGCGUCCAAUGGUUUAUGCGUACGAGUAUGACGAGUUUGGAUAUGUAACCCCUCUGUGUUCAUGCCUGAUACAGUUAAUACAAAUGGAUUGCAGUUUCAAUGA